CGGAGUGGAGGCCCACUCGCUACCGAGAUGGAGGCUCGAGCGCUGCUAGUGGCGGCUGUCGCCAGCGUAACGGUAUUCUUCCUCGUCUCUGCAGACCUCAUGGCCGCGGGCCCGUACGCUGUGGACCUCUUGGAGUUCGGCGGCUGCGACGAUGGGGAAUACCGAGGCGUGACAAUCAAUGUCUCACUGAUCCUGGACGAGAAAACCAACGACACCACAUACAGAGGAGACAUCACAGUCUUCUACGACAUUUUUGCAGACGAGAACGAGGUGGAGAUCAUCAUUUUCAAGUGGGGCAGUACUGGUGGAUGGAGUCAGAUUUACCACCUGAACUACACCAAACCGUACGAGUACACGAAGACUAAUUUUCCUUUGGUCUUUGAUCUUUUCUUUGUGGAGAUAGGCAUGGACAAAAAGCCACUGACCCCUGGAGUCUACCACAUCCACCGGUUUAUGCUAAGAAGAAUCACUCUAGAAAAAUUCGUCGCGUUUCCUUACGGGAAGUACAAAUUGUAUUUCAAGGGACUGAAGGACGGCGAAAGAUUAGCCUGUGCACAGGCACUUACUUCUGUCUACGAAGUUGAAAAUUCCCAAGGUAUGGGAUUCAAGCCUGCCUUCUAAAAGUAUGUAAUAUCAGUACAUUCAAACUUUGUUCUUAUUAUUGAGAAUGUGGCCUAAAUUGUACAUCAGAAUCUUUGUAAUAUUAGUUAUGUGAGAUAUAGUGCAAAAUACACUUUCAGUGUACAUGUCAUAUAAUCAGUUUACAUUAAAAGUCAACUUCUGUUGUUACUGUGUCAUUCUUGCCGAAUUUUUGGAUAUGUCGUUUCGAUCUUCUUGCUGAGGUCUUCUUCUACGUACUGCUCAUAGUAAGCACCAGGAUUCCAGAAGAAAGUCUCAGUGAAAGGUUGAACAUUGGAUCUGAAGAUUCUGCAGGAAUGAUGUGAUAAUACUACACAAGAACAUUCAACAUGUUUACCAUCACCACAAAAGUUUAUGUUCUAUACAAUUUUCCCUAUAAGUUGUACAAAAUAACAAAAUACUAUGAAAGGAA